CAAGUGGCAGGAAUAACCGAACGAGGAAAAGCCUCUGCAUCAUCUAAAGACACUCCUCAUUGGCCCAUAGCUGUACUCCGAAACACCAUCUCGCUCAGGAUGAGGUUUCGAACCAAGAUCAUCAACGCCUCGUUGAUGAACAAGGUAGUCAAAUCGCUUCAAAGUACAGCUAAGAGCUGCGUCAUCAAGCUCGGACCUGAAAGCGUACACUUUAUCGUAUCGGAUAGUGAGAGUGGUCCGUCAGGGGUGCAGAUAUGGUCACAAGUCAAAGUGGUCACUCUUUUCGACGAGUACCGCAUCGAAUCGCGGGGAAACAACGAAAUCUACCUAGAAAUCGGCCUGGAACCUCUAAGUAAAGCUUUACGCUCGGCCGAGAUGGUAGGGACGACGGGGAGAGACUCCGAGGCCGGAGUCAAACUGAGCAAGAAGAACGACAAAGCGGUGUUGGUCUUUGACAUCGUCGGACAGGGGAAUGGUCCCACCCCCAUAUCCAUCACGCAUGAUGUGACAUGUCUGGUAUUGAAUCCCAGCCGAGUCGCUCAGCUCAAGGAACCCCUUUGCCCUCAACCGGAUAUUCACGUGCACCUGCCUAGUUUAGCUCAGCUGAAAGGUUUAGCCUCGAGAUUUUCUCACCUAGGCUCAACGGUUUCGAUCUCUGCCAACAAGAAAGGAGAGAUGUUGUUCACGGUACAAAGCGAUGGGCUCAAGAUGGAGACUAAAUGGGAAAAGUUGGCGAUACCGAAUUUCAAUCAGGAGGCAGAUCAACAACCUGCGCAGGAAGUGGAUCCAGAAGAAGCCCCGACGUUCAGUGUCAGCAUCAGUAUCAAGAAUCUGCUCAAAUUCCUCGCUACCAACCUCGCCAACACAACAACUAUUGCCUGCAUAUGUGACAACUACUGCCUGAUCGCUUACGUCUACAUCGGCGAGCCCAACGAGGCGGCAGGCGUUUUGACUCUGUUCAUCCCAAAAUCGGAAGCCUGAAAUACAUCAUCAUCAGACAGGAACGAUUACGACAUCACGAAGGAAAUGACCAAAACAAACGGGCCAAGCAUAACAUCAAGGUGUAUCAAGGUGUAAC